GAAAGACGGCUUGCCACCCAGACAGGAGGGAGAUUUUUGGCCCCCGAGAGCUGGUGGCCCUGUGAGGCGACGGGGCUGACGGGCAAGCCCGAGCCGGUGUGGGUGCAGCACCCCGGGGGCGCGCACCCACCGUGGGACCUGGCUCUCCGGAGCGCAGUCAGGACGCUCCCCCGCAGCACCAGAGCCAGACCGCGCGUCUUCCCCCCGCAGGGAGUCAGCCCUGCGGGAGGCUGCCUGAUCAGCCUCACGUGUGACUACCGCGUCCUGGCGGACAACCCCAAGUACACCAUGGGGCUGAACGAGACUCUGCUGGGCAUCGUCGCCCCCUCCUGGUUUAAAGACACCCUGGUGAACACCGUCGGCCACCGCGUGGCAGAGCGCGCCCUGCAGCUGGGGCUGCUCUUCGCGCCCGCGGAGGCCCUGCGGGUGGGCAUGGUAGACCAGGUGGUGCCCGAGGACCAAGUGCACAGCGCGGCACUGUCGGCGAUGGCCCAGUGGCUGGCCGUUCCAGACCAUGCUCGACAGCUGACCAAGAAUCUGAUGCGCAAGGCCACAGCCGACCGCCUGGUCAAACAGCGCGACGCGGACGUCCAGUACUUCCUCCAGUUCGUCUCCAGGGACUCCAUCCAAAAGUCCCUGCGCGUGUACUUAGACAAGCUCAGACAGAAGAAAGGCUAGGGUCCGGGCCGCGCACGUGGGGCUUGCCCCACAUGUGCCCUUCUGGGGGCCCUCUGCUUCCAAGGGGUUUUAAGCAAGGUAUUUUCCGAUUUCAAGGUACUUUCAGCUCUUGGUCUCGCUGGUCUUAGAAGCUCUGUUCCCGGUAGCCGGUGUCCCAAGGCCACUGCCCCCCAAGAGCGCCUUUUCCGCCUGGCAAGUGGGCAGGGUGGGAUCGGGGGGCGGCAUCUCUGUUGGGGAAUCGUGAACUGGCAGGAGGGGCAGUGCAGGAUUCAGCGACAUCGCUGCUGAAUGUCCCCUUUCCCCGAGCACAAGUGUGAAUAAAGUCCUCACGUUGUCCCGUCA